AAAAAAGAUGAGGGUCCAAUUUUAGUCGGUUUUGAGAUAGAGGUUAUUUCUUAUAGACUUGAUCCUGUAGAAUCUGAUAGUCUAUCCAUUUCAGGCAAGAAAGAUGAGAGUACAAAGUUAUUGCAGUCUGAAGUUUAGUAGGUCUGGGGAAGAAAGAUGAGGGCGCCAGUGAAUGUGGGAAAAACAGAUGAGGGUCCAAGAGCGUCCUUGGCUGCCAUAUGACUACUCUGUUGCUUGUACAGCUGAUUUCAGUGUUCGUUGCUGCUGUUGAGGUUAUGUGUUGCCUGAAAUGAAACUAUUAGCAUUGUGUUCUCAGUGAUCUAGUGUUAUUUUACUCUUAGCUUUGAAGUUCUAUUAAUUUGAUAUCAUUAUAGUGGUGAAAAUGUCAGAUGAUGAAACAGUGAGUAAACCUGCUAGCUGCAAGAAACGCAAAUCAUUCGGUAGGAUGACUGAUGUUGCAAAGAAAUUGUGUUUAAGUAGUCAUGAGACCGGCGAAGACUGUCAUUGCAAGAAACUCAAGUGUUUUGAAAGUGUUACCCCUGAUAUCAGAAGAACUUUAAUAUCAGACUUUAAUCAGAUUAAAACUUAUGAUGAACAGUCAGUGUAUCUUUGUGGACUUAUUGCAUGCAAACCAGUUACAAGACAUCGUCCCAGAAAACCAGAAAACGAUGCUGACUUUCAUUCCUAUUCUUAUACCUACAAGGUAAGAGCCUUAAAGAACAAUGAUCUUUGUGAAAUACCUGUAUGCUACAAGGUUUUUUUAUCCCUUCAUGGUAUCACUGCUAAAAGAGUGCAGACCCUACAAGAAGCACUCAAAACUACCGGUAAGGCUCCCCUUGAUAAACGUGGUAAACACGAGAACAGGCCCAACAAAAUUCUUGAAGAAGUGGCUGAUUCGGUUUUCGAGCACAUCAAGUCAUUUCAAGCAAGACAAUCACACUACAGCUUAGCCAAAUCCAAGAAGCUGUACUUGCCCGACGAUCUAAAUGUCAAAAAAAUGUACAAUAUGUACAAGGAAAAGUUUCCAGAUCACAAAGUUUCAUAUGAGAAAUACAGAGAAAUAUUCAAUUCGAAAUUCAACAUAUCUUUUGGAUACCCUCGCAGUGAUACCUGUAGUUUUUGUGACAAAGUAUCGGUUCAAAUUGAUGCAUUAAAUGACAAAAUUAAAAAAACCAAUCCAGAUUUGAAUGAGUACAAGGAGUUAAGUGUUGAAUUAGAGUCCCUGCAAACAAAAAAGGAGUUACACUUACGCAAAGCAAAAACUUUCUAUGAUCGGAAAAGAGCUGCUAGGCAAGAAGCACAAAAGAACCCUCAAAAAGAAGCUAUUGCAAUGGAUUUUGAAAAAAACCUCCCAGUUCCUAAUAUUCAAACUAAUGAUGUGUAUUAUCGUCGACAGUUAUCUUUUUACAUGUUCAAUGUACAUGUGUUGUCCACCGCAGAAGCAGUAUUUUACACAUAUCCUGAAGUUUGUGGAAAAAAGGGGUCAGACGAUGUGUCAUCUGUACUUUUUGACUUUAUCUUCAACCACUUAGACCCUCAAGUAGAAGAGCUCACCAUUUUCUGCGACUCGUGUGGGGGGCAAAAUAAAAACUACACAAUUUUUCGAUUAAUUCACUACAUUGUACAUUUCAUAAAAAGACUAAAAUCAAUAAAACUCGUGUUUCCUGUUCGGGGACAUUCGUACUUAGAGUGCGACAGAAACAUGGGGUUAAUCAACCAAAAAACUCGAGUGGAGCUACCUAGUGAAUGGAAUAGUGUCGUGGAAAGUGCUAGGGCCAAACCAUCACCGUUUAAGGUUGUCUCUUGUGAUGAUCAGAAAAUUUUCAAAGCUUGGAGUAAGUUCCUUUCUGAUAUCUAUGUUAAAAAGUGCCCUUUCAAAAGUCGCCCAGUCAGAGAGUGUGGUAAUUGAUGCAAAACGCAAGAGACUGUCAUUGAAGGAAGGACUUUUCCAUCUUCCAGGGCAAUUGUAUUUCAGUAAACUGCCCAUUUCCGCAGCAAAGUUCAAAGACUUACAGCAUUUAAAAAUAUUUUGCUCUGGAGCUGCCCAAGAGUAUUUCAAUAGUCUGCCACAUUAUUAAUUAUUUUUCAAAUUUAUGGCCUAUCCUUAUAUACAUGAAUAAUAUGUAAUAAAUUUCGACAACUUGUUUCACAAGCACAUUGAUUUUUUUUGGACCCUCACCUUUUCUCCCCGGAACAAAAUAUGGACCCUCAUCUUUUUUACAUACAAUGUUCGGUACAAAAUAUGGACCCUCAUC